AUGAACAAACGAGGUCCUUCCGGGCUGCCCUCAAAACCAUACAUGCAAAAUAAUGGUCCAGGACCUGCCCCCCCUCUUCCAACCGGUCCACCACCCCCUGUUCAAGCGCAACAGCAGUACUCUCAACAAGGUCAACCGAUAGACCAAGCUGCUCAUGCGGCCGCUUGGGCAGCCUACUACCAGGCUCAAGGGAUCAACCCAGCCGCUACCUAUUCUGCAGGACCUCAACCUGCUGGUCCAGCCGCAGGACCUGGUACAGCUGGAAACCCCUAUGCGAAUUACGGCUACGGUGCUGGAGCUCAGCAUGGGACAUAUCAAGCGCCUGUCCAACUUGGUGUGGGAGUAGCUGGACCCAGUCAACCCUUCAGACCACCUCCAGGCAAUCAAGCUUAUUCUCCUGCUCCUGGUGGGUACGGCCAACAAUCCGGUCAGUAUCCCCAACAAGCUCAAGCUUACAGCCCGAAUCCCACCGCUGGAUAUUCGACACCUCAACCGCAAGCACCACCAAUACAAGGUCAAGGUAGACCACCAUUGAACCAACAACCUGGAUUCGCUUGGGGUGCACAACAACCUACACCUGUUACUGGUACUGCACCAGGCUAUCGACCUCCUCAACCUCAACCAACUACGACAUAUCCUCAGCAAGCUGGAUCUGGACUCUACUAUCCUCAACCUGUUCAAGGUCAAACUCCUCAACAACAGCAAUUCGCUCCGACAGGUAAUCAACCUUAUAGACCUCAAGCUCAACAUUCGGCCUAUCGUCCACAAGGUGCUCGACCGCCCAGACCACCAAUGUCAACCCCUCAACCUGGAGGCUUCCCACCAGCCAAACGACCAAGGUUUGAUGGACCCGGCGCAACCGGAGCAGGUAUGGGGAUGGGAACUGGUGUGGUUAGACCUCCUAAUGGUCCUAUGCAAAAUUCAAUUAACAGACCUCCAUCUGCUCCCGCAGCUUUCAACACAGGUGUGAAUGGUGGUCAACCAGGUUUCAAUCAUUCUUCUUCUGCUUCUUCCUCUUCUCGGGGUGGUAGAGGUGCUGCGCCCAUCCCAACUUCCAGGCCACCCAUUCAUCUGGGGUCAGGUGGCCCUCCGCCGUUUGGAAUUGGAUUGGGUGUAAGGGGUGGUGCGCCUUUGAGAGGUGGUUAUAGUGGUAGAGGAGGGAGGGGAGGGGGGAUGGCAGGUGCUCCGAGAGGUCCUAGUGGAAUGAUGAGGAGGGAUACCAAUACUCCGACUGGGGGAGCUGCUAGGAGUUCAGUGCCUCCAUCUAAGAAGGAUACGCCUAGGAAAGAAAAGAGAAGGGAAGAGCUGAGGACUACAAUGACUGAUUUCAGAAUCGUUGGGAUCGAGGUGAAAGGAUUAGGGUGGAGUUGGGGUAAAGUUGAAGGACAAGAGGUUGAAGAAGAGGAGGAAGUGGUCAAGGCUGAAGAGAAAGACGAUGCUGUCACAACAGGAGAGGAAGGGAUUGAAGUGCCCUCUAUCGAAAACUCGGAUGUCAAAGAAGAAAUUAAGGAAGCUUCUGGCACCAACGGAGAAUCUGUCGAUUUGUCUAAAAUGGACGAGACCUCGGAAGAAGUCAAAGUAGAAGUGACUGAAACAAAUGAAGCUUCUGCAGUAGCCGGGAAUGAUGUGAUAGAAGAGAAAGAGAAGAGGGGUGAAAAGAGGAAAGCGAAGUCUCCUGAUUCUGAAGAAGAGACAGCCGCUAAGAAACGCAAUUCGUCAUACCUCCUUACUCAUAAUAAACCCAAUAUCCCGUCUACCUCUAAGAUCCCAACGUCUUCGAUAUUUGGAUCAAACCAAAAUCGAUUUAGAAUCUAUUUCGAUUCACCACCUGAAUUAGAUAGGAUACCUAAAUCCGCUCGCAGGAAGAGAGGAAGGGAGUCCUCGAGCGUUGCCCCUAGUGGAGCCGGUGAAAAUGAGGUGGGAGACACGGGAGUCGUAGAGGAAGCGGAAGAGGCUCAAAGGAUAAAGGAGGAAAUUGAAGCUGAAGCCGAGACUCAACCCGCUCAUCAGAACGGUGAAGAGGCUGAGGCUGAGCCUGAAACCCAAAUUGAGGAUGCUGCUGAGAAGAUCGAAGUCCCUACCAUCCCCGAGAUGACUGCGACUGAAAAUACCGAGACCCCUCCCGCUCAAAAUACUGAGUCUGAAGCUCAAGCGACAGCGGCAAUCGUUGAAGCACCUGAGACGACCCUAACCCUUGAGCAAGUCGUCGAGCCUGUACCAAUUGAGGAGGUUGGAGACGUACCGAUGACUACUGAUCCAGGACAAAUCCCUGCUAGCGAGACUCAAACUAUCGAAUCUGAACAUGUAGACCCCACAUCUGUCACCACCGAGCUCGAAGCCGUACCCGAUGCAGCUCCGACCGAUAUUGAGCCACCCAACACAUCUAUCGAUACAGCGAACAUCGUUGAUGCGGAACCUGUCAAUGGUGAAAAUUCUCGGCAAGACGAGAUUGUCGAAACUGUCAACUCUACCGAGGAGAAAACAAGAGCCAGGAGACAUAGUUCAGUCAGUUCAACCGAUUCUAGAGAUUAUCAAUCUACCAUUGCUGGCGAUCAGCAAAAUUCCCAAUCUCACUCACAAACUGCGGCUUCAAGUACUCAAAGAUCUGUGCCUAGUACGAAUAGACUAUCGAUCUUGUAUGAAAAGAGUUUAAGGAGGAUAUGUAUCGAUUCGGACGUUGUGGAAAAAGUGAAAAUUUGGAGGAAAGAAGGGAGGAUCGAAGUGGAAUUGAAAGAUCUGGAGUUUGAGAGUAAGGAAGCACAGGAGAUCAGGCUACCUAAGGGUAUAUUGGUCGAAAGUUAUGAUUCGAAUGAUCAGAGGUAUAUCACCCUGAAUUCAACUAGUAUAUCGACUUUCUUCGGUCAGCCUGAUUAUACGGUACCGACUGAAGAUGGACAAUCCAUACCGCCUUUCCAUAAAGUCCUAUCUGCGACUGUCAACAGCCCUUCUGAAAACCAAGGUGACUCUAGUGAGGUCGCUAAGGUUAAUGCAGCUCAGAACGGACAGAAUGACGAUAACGAUAUCAUCGCGAGCUCCGAGCAAGCUCAAAAUGUCAUACAUGAUGAAAGUCAGACUCAACCCGCUCCAUCUUCUGCUUCAAAGAUCACUCUCACCGUCUACCUGAACCGCAAAAACCCACUAUCAGAGCCCAAAUGGUGUAGAAACAAUUCGGCUGAUAAUUGGUUAUAUGAGCAAUUCGGUUCGAGGAGGAUAGAACAGGAUGAAGAGAAUGGUUUGAAAGGACUUGGAUUCGGUUCGGCGGGUUGGAAAGGGAAAUUGGAAGUGAUGGAUCCCGAUCCUGCUCCAACGCUCAAAUCAAUUCUUGAGCAAUGGUCUUCCACCUCUUCGUACGGUACAUCCUCAACCAGAGAAUCAUUCAUCUCCUCACUCCUUUCAUCACCUAUUGAAACGAUUGAGAUCCUCCUACGCUUGACUAGGGGAGAUCGAAAUCCUGUUUAUUCAUCGAAUCCUACAUAUUUCAAUAAAUCUUUCUCAUCUACCAUUAAGAAAGAAUCACCUUAUACAAAUCACCAGACUCAUAUAUCCUUGGCUGUUCUAGCAAUGUACCGUCUCACCACAGACUUGGUGGAUAAAGUAUCUACUGAUGAGUUAGAGAGAGAACAGGAGAGGAAGAAGUUGGACGAAAAUGUUAAUGAUAUUAUCAGGAGUUUACCGCUGAAUAUGAUCCAGAGGAGUUUGGAUGGGUUGUGGAAAGAGUGGAACGCUCAUAAUAAAGAUACAGGCAAGAAUGGAUCGUCCUCAAAAGAUAAAUAG